UCGUUAGGUAUAUAUGUCUUUAAAUCCCUCACCUUCUUCCCUUGCUCUCCUGUCUCUCUCGCCAUGGGGAGAGCAUCGUUCUUCGUUCUCUUCCCCUUCUUCCUCCUCCUUUCAUCUGCUUAUGCAGAUCUCGUUUCUCACCAGACACUGGUAGUCCGACCACUCUCGAGCCCUCCCAUUCUCGAUUCUUCCAUCCCCUGGAGCGACACUCUGUUUGAGGCCGAAUCGUUUUCGGACCUUGGCUCGCUCUCCGCGUCCGCUUCCCUCUUCCUCCGGCUCGAGCACCGGGACUCCCUCGCCUACAACUCAACGCCGGCCGAGCUAUUCUCGCUUCGCCUUAACCGCGACGCCGCCCGUGUCGACUUCAUCGCCUCGCAUGUCGCCCACCGGAGGCACCGUUCUGGGCGGAGGACGAGGCGGCCGGAGGGCAGCUCCGGCGCGGUUAUGUCGAGACCGGGGGGUUUCUCUUCCCCCCUCGUCUCCGGGCUCUCGCAGGGGAGCGGUGAAUACUUCACGCGCGUAGGAGUAGGCACCCCUGCACGUCCGAUGUCCAUGGUGGUAGACACCGGCAGCGACAUUGUGUGGAUCCAGUGUUCCCCUUGCCGCCGCUGCUACUCGCAGGCCGACCCUAUAUUCGACCCGAGGACGUCGUCGUCCUUCGCCGGACUACCGUGUUCAUCGCCCAUCUGCCGGCAGCUCGACAUCUCCGGCUGCAACAGUCGCCAGACCUGCCUCUACCAGGUCUCUUACGGUGACGGAUCCUUCACCGUCGGCGACUUCUCGACAGAGACGCUCGCCUUCCGCAGCGCAACCAUCGGCCGGGUGGCGCUCGGCUGCGGCCACGACAACGAAGGCCUCUUCGCCGGCGCGGCGGGUCUGCUCGGUCUCGGCCGAGGCGACCUUUCGUUCCCCUCGCAGGCCGGCCGGAUCUUCGGCCAGCGCUUCUCCUACUGCCUCGCCGACCGCCAGGCCGGCAGCACCCAGGGCUCGUCUCUGGUAUUCGGGGACGCCGCGUUGCCUCCGACCGGCACCGGAGCGGCCGGCGGGACCGUCAUCUACACGCCCAUGGUGACGAACCCCAGGCUAGGGACGUUCUACUACGUGGAGCUCGCGGGGAUCAGCGUGGGCGGCACUCCGAUCCCCGUGCCGACGUCAGAGUUCCAGAUCUCCAGUGAUGGAAGCGGGGGGGUGAUCGUGGACUCCGGGACGUCCGUCACCCGUCUGGUGCAGCCUGCUUACGAGGCGAUGCGGGACGCGUUCCGGUCCGGCACGACGCACCUCCGGCGUACCACCGGCGGAUUCUCGCUCUUCGACACGUGUUACGACCUGAGCGGGCAGACCGUGGUGAAGGUGCCGACCGUGGUGUUCCACUUCAGCAGGGGAGCCGACCUCUCCCUACCGGCGACCAACUACCUCAUACCCGUCAACUCCAACGGUCUCUUCUGCUUCGCCUUCGCGGGAACCACCGGCGGCCUCUCCAUUAUCGGCAACAUCCAGCAGCAGGGCAUCCGGGUCGUCCUGGACUCUGCCGGGUCCCGGGUCGGGUUCAUCCCCCACGCGUGUUGAUACUCCCGGGUCGGGUUUGAAAAGUUAAAUGGACCCGCUUGGUCGGGUUCAUGUGACUUUGUCUGCAAAGUCACAUGAAUAACCUUUGUUUGGUAGUGUAGGAGGAAAAUGCGUGUAACUUGUAGUGGUGAAAAAGUUGGACAUGUAGAGUUGGAUAUUAUUACAAUCAGAGGAAAAGAAUGAUGAAUUGUUUUUCUACUGUCA